CUAAACGACACAUAGGCGAACGACAAGAGAUUUUGUGUCUUCGAGAACAUGCAACGAAUCUAAUAAAAAGAAAAAGAGUGACCAAGGAACAUCAAGAAUAGAGCGCUUUUCACUGGUACUCGCCAGAGACUACACAAACACAGGAUUCGUGAACAAUGGAGAAGGAUCCAAAGGUUGCAACGGAAGACCCCAAGGUCGAUUUGUUUGAAGAUGAUGACGAGUUUGAAGAAUUUGAGAUCAACGAAGAGUGGGAUGAGAAAGAAGAAGGAAAAGAAACAACACAACAAUGGGAAGAUGAUUGGGAUGAUGAUGAUGUCAAUGAUGACUUUUCACAGCAGCUAAAGAAAGAGUUGGAGAAUAAUGUUGCGAAGAGCUGAAGUUCACAUUUGAUAAAUUUAUGUUGCCUUGGUACUUUCCCCUUUCCUUUAUUAAUCACACCUUCAUGGUAGCUUGAAAUGUAUCAUACUAUUGCCUCUUUUAUGGAGUGAGAAGCUAUCCACCCAAACUUUGAAUGUUAAUGUUUAGAUAGAGCAAAUUUCAGAAUUUCAGUGUGGGUGAUUAGUAAGUUCGUAUUGAAAUAAUUGACAGUAAUCCUUCUCUAGAA